AUGAUUUUACCUAUUUCUAUUAAUCCUAAAGAAGAUAAAGUGUAGCAUGAUUAGGGUAGUAAAUUGUUUAAAAAUGAUAUUUAGGUGAUGAAUUAUCAGAUUUGAAGCUACAUCAAGAAGCAUCUUAGAAUGAAGCAAUUACUAUGUACCCAAGCAAUGUUGAUGCAAAGAUUGGUAAGGGUAAUUUAUUGUUAAAUGUCAACAUUUAGGUAUUGCAUUAGCUGAUUUGAAAUAGUGCUAAGAAGUAAUUUAAUGCUAUGAUGAACCAAUGCUUAUUCGCCCUGAAUAAGUUGAUGUAUGGAAUAGCAAAGGUAAUUUAUUGUUGAAUAUUAUAUUAUCUAGGUGAUGCAUUAUAUAAUUUGAAUCAAUGCUAAGAAGCAAUUGAAUGUUAUAAUUAAGCAAUAUCUAUAAAUCCUAAAUAUGCUCAUUUAUGGUAUAAUAAAGGUAAUUAAUUGUUAAAUAUUUAUAUAUAUAUAGGUAAUGCAUUAACCAAAUUGAAUCAAUAUCAAGAAGCAAUUAAUUGUUACAACAAAGCUAUUUCUAUUAAUCCGAAAUAUGAUCCUGCAUAAAAUGGAAAGGGUAGUUAAUUGUUAAAUAGGAAUAUUUAGGUUGUGCAUUAAAAAAAUUGAAUCAAAAUCAAGAAGCAAUUUAAUGUUUCGAUGCGGCUGUUUCAAUUAACCCUAAAUUUGAUAGUGCAUGGUAUAACAAAGGUAAUUAAUAAUUACCUAUUAAUAUUUAGGCGAUGCAUUAUACAAUUUAAAUCGACACGAGGAAGCAAUUAAAUGUUACAAUGAAGCAAUAAACCCUAAAAAUUAUGAUGCACUUAAUUUCAAGGGUAAUUAAUUGUUAAAUAUAAUAUUUAGGUCUCGCAUUAUUGAAUUUAAAUCAAUUUGAAGAAGCGAUUGAAUGUUACAACGAAGCAUUAUCUAUUAACCCUUAAUAUGUUGAUGCAUGGUAUAACAAGGGUAAUCUAUUAAUAAAUAAUAUUAUAUAGGUGAUGCAUUAUACAAUUUAAAUCGACAAGAGGAAGCAAUAAAAUGUUACAAUGAAGCAAUAUCUAUUAACCCGAAAGAUGAUUAUGCAUGGUGUAACAAGGGUAAAUAAUUGUUAAAUUUGAAUAUUUAGGUCUCUCAUUAACAAAUUUGAAUCAAUUUGAAAAAGCGAUUGAAUGUUACAACGAAGCAUUAUCUAUUAACCCUAAAUAUAUUGAUGCAUGGUAUAACAAGGGUAAUCUAUUAAUAAAUAUUAUUAUAUAGGUAUCACAUUAAAAAAUUUGAAUCAAUAUGAAGAAGCUAUUGAAUGUUACAAUGAAGCUAUAUCUAUUAACCCUAAAGAUAAUGAUACAUGGAAUGGCAAGGGUAAUUUAUUAUUACUACAUAGGUAAUGCAUUAUUCAAAUUGAAUCAAUUUGAAGAAGCAAUUGAAUGUUACAAUGAAGCAAUAUCUAUUAACCCUAAAGAUGUUGACGUAUGGUAUAACAAAGGUAAUCAAUUAAUAAAUAAUAUUAUAUAGGUAACACAUUAAAAAAUUUGAAUCAAUAUGAGAAAGCUAUUGAAUGUUACACUGAAGCAAUAUCUAUUAACCCUAAAUAUGAUUAUGCAUUGUGCGGCAAAGGUAAUUAAUAAUUAAAUUUUUAUAUUUAGGUGAUGCCUUAUAAGUAUUGAAUCGACAUCAAGAAGCGAUUGAAUGUUACAAUGAAGCAAUAUCUAUUAACCCUUAAUAUGAUUAUGCAUGGAAUGGCAAGGGUAAUCUAUCAUUUAUUAUUACUACAUAGGUAGUGCAUUAUUCAAUUUGAAUCAAUUUGAAGAAGCGAUUGAAUGUUACAAUGAAGCUAUAUCUAUUAGCCCUAAAGAUGUUGUUGCAUGGUAUAACAAAGGUAAUCUAUUAAUAAAUAAUAUUAUAUAGGUAACACAUUAAAAAAUUUGAAUCAAUAUGAGAAAGCUAUUGAAUGUUACAAUGAAGCAAUAUCUAUUAACCCUAAAUAUGAUUAUGCAUGGUGCGGCAAAGGUAAUUAAUAAUUAAAUAUUUAUAUUUAGGUGAUGCAUUACAAAAAUUAAAUCAAUAUCAAGAAGCUAUUGAAUGUUACAAUGAAGCCAUAGAGAUUAACCCCAAAUCUGAUUAUGCUUUUAAAAAAAAAGGUAAUGAUAUUUUUUAUUCAGGUUUAAUCCUACAAAAAUUAUAGUAAAACAUGGAUGCACUUAAAAAUUUUGAACGAG